AUGUUUACCUUUUGGGAUCUGGGCCCAUGGGCAAUCACUUUCUGGGUUUUCUGGAUUCAUCGGUAUCUCCGAACGAUUGUCAACUUCAUCAGCCAUUGGUGCUACAAAUCCAUUCCUAUACCCGAAACCCCAACCUACACCGCGAAAGACGUCACAGUCAUCAUUCCUACGAUUCAUAACAAUUUUGAGGAGUUGAGGGAAUCCAUACAAAGUAUCCUUGCCUGCCAGCCUUACGAGCUACUGUUGGUCACGACAUCCGACAAAUACCAAAAACUCGUCCAGUUCACGAAGUCAUUGGAGGCGCCGAAUGUCCGCACAUUCCAUACGCCAAUUGCAAACAAGCGGAUCCAGGUCUGUGAAGCGAUCCCCAAGGUCAAAACGUCGAUCAUUAUCAUGGCAGACGAUGAUGUCACGUGGCCAAGCACCAUUCUACCUUGGCUCCUGGCACCCUUCGAAGAUGCAAAAAUUGGCGGAGUUGGACCCAACCAACGAGUGAAGCGGAUUCGUUCUGGACCACUUGCAGCUCUUUGCUACAACUGGCUCGGAGCUGCCUACAUCGAGCGACGGAACUUCGAGAUUUCAGCCACACAUGGAAUUGAUGGUGGGACCUCCUGCAUGUCCGGACGCACCUGUGCCUUCCGGUCUGAAAUCCUCCAAAGUCCCUUGUUCUUGGAUGGCUUCAAGACUGAGCGAUGGGGCCAGUAUCAACUCAAUGCUGAUGAUGAUAAUUUUGUCACGCGAUGGUUGGUUUCGAACAGAUGGAAGACAUGGAUCCAAUACAACCCGCAAUGUGAGAUCGAGACUACGCUUGAGAACAACAUCAAGUUCCUCUAUCAAUGUUCUCGAUGGGCUCGUAGCAAUUGGCGAAGCAAUUACACGAGUAUGGUCAUUGAGAGACACGUUUGGAGACAGCAGCCAUGGUCAACAUACGCUCUGCAUCUCGCAACCUUCACAUCCCUUUCGGUCGCCUUCGAUCCUUGGAUUAUAUGGUGUACUCAUAAAGCCGCUUACAAUUUGCCCGGAAAUGGAUACUACUACGCCAUGUGGGCUCAAAUUAUUUUCAUGUUUGCGUUCAUCAAGGUCAUCAAGUUGGUUGGUCUUUUCAGACGAGAGCCGUUCGACAUCAUCUUCCUUCCACUCUCGAUCAUGUUUGGAUAUUUCCAUGGUUUCGUCAAAAUAUACGCUGGCAUAACUCAUCGCAUGACCUCAUGGGGCAGUCGUGAAGACGGUGACACCAAUGACAGCGAGCGUAUGAGCCCAAGAGGCCGCCGAAGUGAAAGCAUCACUCUUCCACCCGGCAACCACCCCGGUCUCGUCCGCUACAACGAUGGGAAAAUGUUCAUCUUAUCGCCAGAUGAGAAAGAGCACAUCUUCGUAGCGACGGUCGAAAGGGCCGUCAGUCCAGACGGCUCGGCGUCGGACACAGAUAGCGACUUACUGGAUGCGAGAAGCGACAGUUCAGACGACUCUUAUGAUAACGAUUCAAGUUCGAAUUCUAGUUCGAUGGUGACGAAUUGA